AUGUACGACUAUAGCUCCUCGGGAGUUAUUACUUCUUACGCUAUUGUCGGUGGCAAUGUAACACGAGUUACACAUACGUCUGGCGGCGGAGACACCUACAACGAAAUGUUUUGGGAGUCAGAUUCAUUGGCGCUCGAGCAGCACGAACUAGCCUUCGAUUAUUUCAAUGUCUACAAUGAAACAUCCUCAUCGGCUUCCACAUUCACUGCUUCCGCAGCAUCUUCAUCGUCACCUUCGGGUUCUAUGGCAAGCUUCCCUGAUGCUGCCGCUUCCCUGGCUUCCUCUGAUUUUUCAUCAGCCAACAUUGGCGCCAUUGUCGGCGGUAUCAUUGGUGAUGUUUUUGUCUUUCUGGUUGUCGCCGUUGUAUUUGUCUGGUAUCGUUCGAGGCAAAAGCGACGAGAUGUGCAUACCCGCGCAAUCGGUGAUCCCCCGCCACCAUUUCUGGGAUCUAAUGGUCCCACACCUCCGCUUCUUACUUCUGGGUCUGCAGAACCCUUUAUACCGACGAGACAAAUACCGGUCUUCCCUGUUGUCGCGUACCGGGAUGGUGCCAGAGAUAGCGUGGAUACCUCCUCUUUCACAGAACCCAUCUUUGCUGGUCUGACUUCUAAGUCGUCAACAGCACUGAUGUUGUCCUCGUCCGCUGGUCGGUUUGCCGGUGAUAGCGAUAUCGACAGUGGGGUUCGUACACGUCCGCAAGAAGAUGACUUGCCCCCAGUCUACAGUGCUAACUAG